CCGAAGGUAAUCUUCUGCGACUGAUCACUCUAACUGAGGCGCGCUAGGGUUAGGGUUUGGGCCAGGCCUCCUCUCGAUCGGUGGCUGGGAGAGGAUGGGGUCGGAUCUGAUCCUACUUAGUCGGCUAUUCCCUCCCGUAUUUGGAGGGUUCCGGGGGGUUUAUUAGCGGCGGAUCCCGGAAGUUGUCGACUUUCUUUGUCUUUUGUUCCUGUUCGAUUCCUCUUUCCUUGUUCUAGGGUUCGCUCUUUUGAUCGUGAGUGAUAGUGGAUGAUAGAAAGGGUCUUCCUUUUUGUUUUUUCGAAAGGGAGAAAUUUGUUAUAGUUUUUUGUUUUUAAUUGGUGGUGGGAUUUAUAGGAUGGAAUUGUGAGGAUUUCAUGUGGUUGUGGAUCUCGAAUCUUGAUAGAUAGAUAGGAGCCGAAGAGGAGAGAAGAGGUGAUCGAGGGAAGAAGAGACGGAGAGGGGCGAGCGAGAGCACGCCAUGGGGGAGUCCCUUCUUACUGCUCUCUCCAUGGACCAUCACCACCACCACCACCACCACCCCUCGACCCUUCUGUCCAUGGACCCCAGCGGCGUUUCUCAGCCGUCACUCGCUGCAGCUUCCGCCCAUGACGACUACGACCAUGAGCUUCUGGGCCAGCAGCGCCCGCAGAUCACCCUCUCCGGCCCUCCUGACAUCAAUCUUCCACUCGCCGGUGACCGCUCCCCUCCCCAACAGUCGUGGAACCCUGUCUCCUGCGACAUGUUGGAUGUCCGCCUCGGAACCCAGGUGUAUGACGCUGACACCGCGCUCAACCUCCCCAAGGUUGGGAUCAUUCCUGCUGGGGGGCGCAAGUGCGCCAAGCGAGGGGAUAGCAUUUGGGGUGCAUGGUUCUUCUUCAAUUUCUAUUUCAAGCCUGUGCUCUCUGAGAAGUUCAAGGGCAAGAUCAUCCAUGAUGCAAAUGGCUUCUCGGGUUUCGAUAAGUCCGACCUGUGUCCUGAUGUGUUCCUUGUUCAGCAUGACAUGGAGAAUAUGUACAUGUGGGUGUUCAAGGAGCGACCGGAGAAUGCACUUGGAAAGAUGCAGCUGCGGAGCUACAUGAACGGGCACUCGCGUCUUGGGGAGCCUCAGUUCCCAUUCAGCGUCGACAAGGGCUUUGCAAGGUCACAUCGGAUGCAGCGCAAGCAGUAUAGGGGGCUGUCAAAUCCACAGUGUGUCCAUGGAAUUGAGGUCGUGUGGUCACCAAACCUUUCUAUGGUUUCCGAGGCGGAUUGCAAGAAGUGGGUGGAUCUUCUUGGGAGGGACCUGAAUUUCUCGAUUCCACCAGAGGCUAGUGAUUUUGGGUCAUGGAGAAAUCUUCCGAGCACUGAUUUUGAGCUCGAAAGGCCACCACCUCCUUUAAAGAAUAUUUCUCACCUUAAUUCGAGGAAAUUGCUUAAUGGCACAGGCCUUAAUCUGUCAACACAACCAUCUCAUGCAGGUGGAGAUUGUAUGGACCUUUCACCAAAAUGCAGCAAACGCAGGAAGGAUUUUUUCCCCCACGGGACAGAUGAGGACUGCUGCUUGAGUAACAACUCAUACUGCCAAGAUAUGGAAAUUCGCCCUUCUGAACCGUCAUGGGUAAAUGAGUUUACGGGUGUUAUGAGGCAUGCGUGUGGACCGGUGACUGCUGCGAAGACAAUAUAUGAGGAUGAAGAAGGGUAUUUGAUCAUGGUUAGCUUGCCUUUCUCUGACCAGCAGAAGGUGAAAGUCUCUUGGAAAAACAAUCUUACUCAUGGAAUAGUAAAGAUAUCAUGUGUCAGUACUGCUCGGAUGCCUUACAUAAAAAGGCAUGAUAGAACCUUCAAGCUGACAGAUCCUUCCCCGGAGCAUUGUCCUCCAGGGGAAUUUGUGAGGGAAAUACCUCUUGCUACACGAAUUCCUGAAGAUGCCAAUCUGGAAGCAUACUACGAUGAGACGGGAACUGUUUUGGAGAUUAUGAUCCCUAAACAUCGAGUUGGAUCUGAGGAACAUGAAGUUCAUGUGUGCAUGCGCCCUCCUCAUCUUGGAUCCAAUGAACUUCUGUUAUCUUGAAUACGGUAAUGUGGUGUGUAGUUGUGGCUAUGGUCAGUUUCAUUGUCUACUAACACGUUUAUGAUAAGAGGAACCGAUGCAUUAAAAGUUUAUCCUUAGCAUGCAUGCGGCCUUCUGCAACUGGCUUUUGCUGAUUGACUUGGUGCUGUCUUUUGUUUGUUUGGAAAAUAAACUGGGAUGAGACUGGAGCUGCAGGCAUACAGUAUAUAAGAAAAGUGGUAUCAUCUAAUUAUAACUUUGUGGACUUCUCACGUCUGGACUGGGGAAUUAAGACAGAUUAUGAAUUCUUCUGUUUCACUUUGCCCCUUACCUGAUUAUUUUGUGGGUAAAGCUCUGCUUUUGGGGCUCAUCAAUGUGUUUACAUCCAAGUCACACUAGUCUCCACAGAACAUGUUGAGUCAAAAACUGUAUAGUUAUUUGUAUUCGGUACUUUAAGGUGGUAGUAUUAUGAUGUUGAUUCAUAAAGGAACUAUCUUUUGUAUUUUCUAAUUCUGAAACUGUCAAUAGUUUGGUAUCA